AUGACCUUUCUAGCCCUUCUUACUUACUUGGACGAGCACACAAGCUGGUCUUAUUACGAGUUUCUAACUCUCUAUCGUGAUGUGAUUAUAUCUUCACCUCCGUUUACUGAUGAGUGGAACGGACUCGACGGCACCUGGACACGUAGAUUCCUAAAAAAAAGCGGAAAAUUUAAAACCAAAAGAAUUUGGGGCUUUAAAGGUCAAGGAGUAUCAGUCUACGUCCUGACCCAAGUGAUGGUGGAUUCUGAACGUUCAGAUAAAGGGUUGCAGGUCUAUUGGGAGGGUGUGAUCCAUAAACGGAAGAAGUUGGAAGUGAAGCGCACCCACAUUAUUGGAAGUCUUAAUCUUUUAAACGAUGCUGGAAAAUAUAAUGUUGAAGAUCUCUCAUCGGAAGGAUUUUCGGACUCUUUUUUCAUUGACGUAUCAUCCACGUCCAAACGCCCCUUAAAUAGAACAAUACUAACUUCUUCUGAGAGGACUAAGAAGGCCAGAAACGAAGAGUCGGGUCAGGAGGAGGCUGACGAACAAAUUUCCAGCGCCGAUGAAAAAAUAGAAAUUAAAUGUGAUGAUCUAGAAGAAUUAGAACAGCAAAUAACAUUCAGUUCAUUAAAUGAGUGGGAAGUAGGCACGGUUAACGUGUCGAGAAAAUUUAAGGAGUAUCAAAGACAACUAAUCGCAGGUAUUAGGCAGAAAAAAACAAAAUUGACGUGGAACAAUACAUUAGAACUAUUGGCCCUAUCGUCAAUAAUUGUAAUGUGCUGGCCUUGUCCCUACUCUACGUUUACAAGUUCCGAAUGGCGACAAGUCCUUAACUCAAAUCCAUAUAAAAUCACGCAACCUAUUCUGACAGAUUCACUCUUAACCGCAUUCUAUAAAGCGACAAAUGAUUUUUCACUCGGAUUGAAUUGUAGAUUUACGCUAGAUGAUAAUUGUGAAUUAAGUGACAAAGCUAGACGCAUAUUUGACUACAUUAAAGGCGAGAUUCCACUGUCAUCAAAACAGAAAGAAACCGAAACUAAGCACAAUAUUUAUAACUUAGACCCUUUUAUAAAAAUCAUUUUUGGUGGAGAAUACACACCUUACACUCUGGAAUUUAAUAAGAGUGUAAAUGGAAAACAAAGGCCGGACUUUAGCUGUGUAAUUGAUGACAUCGCGAUAUUAAAUUCCGAAAUUAAGCCUUUGGGUUACACUCAGUAUAGGAAAGACCAAGAUUUCGUAAAAGUACAUCUCAAAGGAAAGAAAUCAAUUAACCAGUUGCUAGGAAAGGGGGGACCUAACAAAUCAAUGGCUUUUUUAAACAUGGGAGAUACCAUAGAAUCAUUUGUUAUUGACUUAGCAUAUGACGGUGUAUACAGAUCAUGGCCAUGUUUUAAAAACAAGUUAACAACUGAUAAGGGAUCUUUUCCGCUGAUUGUAUUGACAUUUUCCCAUUUUGUAAUGAUAGAGCAACAUGUUGGUGAAAUCAUAAACGAUUAUGAAAAUCGGCCACCACCGGGUUCUUAUACACCACCUGAACAAAUUGAAAAUGUGAAGUUUAUUAGGAAAAUGCCAACCACUCCACAGCUCAAAUUAUUACUUAAACAAUAA